CAUACACCACACCCUCAUCCAUCCAUCGUAGUCCAGUACAAGGCAAGGCAAGGCAAGCAGAGAAGUCAGAGAAGCGCAGAGGCGAUCAUAGCACGAGAGCUAGCUGAACACCGAUGGCAAUGGUUGCGUCCAUGGAAGUCGAUCAGGAUCUGCCGGGCUUCCGGUUCCACCCCACCGAGGAAGAGCUCCUCGGCUUCUACCUUUCCCACGUCGUCCACGGCAAGAAGCUCCACUUCGAUAUCAUCGGCACGCUCAACAUCUACCGCCACGACCCCUGGGACCUUCCCGGGAUGGCGAAGAUCGGGGAGAGGGAGUGGUACUUCUUCGUGCCGCGGGACCGGAAGGCCGGCAGCGGCGGGCGGCCGAACCGGACGACGGAGCGCGGGUUCUGGAAGGCGACGGGGUCGGACAGGGCCAUCCGGAGCUCGGCCGACACGAAGCGGGUGAUUGGGCUCAAGAAGACGCUCGUCUUCUACCAGGGCCGCGCCCCGCGCGGCACCAAGACGGACUGGGUCAUGAACGAGUACCGCCUCCCCGAGAACGGCACCAGCCGCGCUGCACCGGCGCCACCCAAGGAGGACAUGGUGCUGUGCAAGAUAUACCGGAAAGCCACUCCACUGAAAGAGCUGGAACAGAGAGCCUCUGCAAUGGAAGAGAUGCAGAGACGCAGCAACGUAGACUACACAGUCUACACAUCCAGAGCAUCCCUGGUCCGGGCCGGCGCCUUCGCCGGAGACGACUAUCUGUCGUCGGACGACGUCCACGACAGUUUCCUGCUCCCCUCCUCUUCGUCGUCGGCGCCAUCGGGCGACAGAGACAACGCGCCCAAGGAAGCCAAGAAGGAAUUAGAGGCCACGGUCACGGUGGCGUCGACGUUUCUGACGCAGGCGGCGAACAUGCCCAGCAAGCAGCUCCCGGUGGUGAGCCACGGAGACCUGGAGCUGCCCAGACUGCAGGUCCCAACGAACCAUGGAGUCUUGGACUGGAUGCAGGACCCGUUCCAGAUGCGCAGCCCAUGGCAGGACAAGCUUUUCUUGUCCCCCCUCGCGUAUCCGCUCUUUUGAGGGGACAGAAGUGCAGGAAGGUUGGCAGUCCAAACUAGCCGUGUUAGACUCUUGUACAUGCUGAGUAGUACGGGUAGAUGCGAUAUUUUUUUUGAAUUUUUUUUUGGUGCCUUUCGGUAUGUAAUGUCUGACAUGAUCGCGAAGCCGCAAUAAAGUAACUUAAAUAUGUAGGAAUUA